AUGCAAAAUGUUGAUGAAAUUACGGAAGAUGAGAAGAAAACUUUGGAAGUAAAUACAAGUCGAGAAGUCUCAUCACAUGAUACACUUCAGCAUGUCCAACCGCGAGUACGAUUUUUUGAUAGGGCAAAAGAAAUUGAACAAUCUGCACCAGUCGAUAGAAAACGACAUGAAUAUAAAACUAUGAUAAUUGUUGAUGAGAAUAAAAAUCUUAUCGCCGAGAAUAUUUGUCCUAGAGAGGUUCGACAACAAGAUAUAACUGAAUGUAAAAUUGAAAAAUACGAUGUAGUUGGUUAUCAAAUGCCAGAGACUUCGAAAGAAUAUACAUGCAAGGACGACUUGUGA